AUGAACGGCGACAACUAUUCCAGAGAUCAGGGUCGCUCCAGAGAUCACUAUAGCUCCAGAAACGAAAGAGACGACCGACGAGAGCGCGGCGGCGACCGAGACAGAGAUCGCCGGGGAGACCGAGACCGCCGCCGCUCAAGAUCCCCUCACCACCGAUCGCGCCGUGAUUAUGAGGUAGAUUCAUACUCCUCCAGCCGCGAAUACCGGGCUCGCGAACGUGAAGAUAGGUAUGGCGGUGAUAGGCGAGGCGAGCGAGACUGGAAUCGGGAUCGCGGCCAAAGAAGGCGUGAUGAUGAUCGACCGCCCCGUCGAGGCGACCUGUUCGAUGACCGCCGAGGUGGAGGUGGAGGUGGAGGCGGAAGGCGUGACGAUCGACGAGGUCGCGAAGACCGCGAUGAGUUUGCCCAGCAAGCGAAAGGCGGCCGAAGUCCACCUCCCAAGAAGCGCGAACCAACCCCAGACCUGACUGAUGUGGUGAGCAUCCUUGACCGCAAGAGAAGAAUGACGCAGUGGGAUAUCAAACCUAUGGGCUAUGAGAAUGUCACGUCUGAACAAGCCAAAAUGUCUGGCAUGUUCCCUCUCCCGGGAGCUCCUCGACAGCAGCAGAUGGAUCCUAGCAAGCUCCAGGCUUUCAUCAACCAGCCGCAAGGUGCUGCUGUCACUCAGGCUCUCAAACCAUCUACCGCACGGCAAUCAAAGCGCCUGUUUGUCUACAACAUCCCAGCCAACACUUCAGAAUCAGACAUCCUAGAGUUCUUCAAUCUGCAGUUGAACGGUCUCAAUGUCACGACGAACAACGAUCCCUGCAUUGCUGCCAAUCUGGGCGACAACAAACAGUUUGCGCUGUGUGAGUUCAAGUCGGCCAUUGAAACUACUGUGGCUCUUGCCUUGGAUGGCAUCACUAUGCCGCAGCAUCUGGCAACGGCGAACGGUAGUGGCGGCCCUCCAGCUGGCCUCGACAUCAAGCGCCCAAAAGACUAUAUUGUUCCUGCGGCGGAGGACGACGAGUACACGCCAGGUGAAAUAUCAGCAGUGGUCCCUGACUCUGCUAAUAAGAUCUGCGUCUCCAACAUUCCGCCCUAUCUCACUGAGGAGCAGAUUGUUGAGCUACUAAAAUCCUUUGGUGAUCUCCGCGCCUUUACUCUCGUCAAGGACAAUGGUACCGGCGAGUCACGCGGUAUUGCCUUCUGCGAGUACCAAGAUCCGUCCUCUACCAAUAUUGCUAUCGAAGGACUUAACGGUAUGGAACUUGGCGACGCGAAGCUCAAGGUCGUGCGUGCAUCGAUUGGUUUCACGCAAGCCUCCGGCCUCGAUAUGGGUGUCAAUGCCAUGUCUAUGUUCGCUGGUACUCAGUCAAACGACCUUGAGGGCGGUCGGGUUCUGCAGCUACUCAAUAUGGUUACCGCCGAGGAGCUGAUUGAUAAUGACGACUAUGAAGAAAUCUGCGAAGACAUCCAAGAAGAGUGCUCCAAAUACGGUACCAUCAUCGAGAUGAAGAUCCCUCGCCCUUCAGGUGGCAGCCGGCAGAGUACUGGUGUGGGCAAGAUCUUCCUGAAGUACGAAAAGCCCGAAGAAGCAAAGCUGGCGCUUGAGAAGCUGGCUGGAAGGAAGUUUGCCGACCGCACAGUGGUCACAACUUACUUUGAUGAGGCAAGCUUUGAUGUCAGCGCGUGGUAA